CAUUCCCUUUACGCGGCUGCCGUAAGGAAACUUGGUCCGUCCUCCCUCGGUGCUCCGGAGUCCUGGCCCCGGCUCCCCGGUGCGCCAGGGUCGGCGAAGCGCCUCUGCGUCAGAGCCUCGCUCCCCCGCCAGGUGCGGGGCCUCGGCGCCAUGGACUCGUCGGCGCUGGAGCGGGACGCCGUGCAGUUCGCGCGGCUGGCGGUGCAGCGCGACCACGAAGGGCGCUAUUCGGAGGCGGUGUUUUACUACAAGGAAGCUGCACAAGCCUUAAUUUAUGCUGAGAUGGCAGGAUCGAGCCUAGAACACAUUCAAAAAAAAAUAAAUGAAUAUCUGGAAAGAGUUCAGGCUUUACAUUCAGCAGUUCAGUCUAAGAGUGCUGAUCCUUUGAAAUCAAAACAUCAGUUGGACUUGGAGCGUGCCCAUUUCCUUGUUACACAAGCUUUUGACGAAGAUGAAAAGGGGAAUGUUGAAGAUGCUAUAGAAUUGUAUACUGAAGCUGUAGAUCUCUGUCUAAAAACUUCCUAUGAAACUGCUGAUAAAACUCUGCAAAAUAAACUGAAACAGUUGGCUCGACAGGCACUAGAUAGAGCAGAAGCAUUGAGUGAGCCUUUAACAAAGCCAUUAUGCAAAGUCAAGUCAACCAAUAUUAAACCAAAGCCACCUCCAGCAAGAGCACAUUUUCCACUAGGAACUAAUCCCUUUCUUGAAAGACCUCAGCAAUUUAUAAGUCCACAGGCAUGCGAUGCACAAGGACAGAGAUACACAGCAGAAGAAAUAGAAGUUCUCAGGACAACGUCAAAAAUAAAUGGUGUAGAAUAUGUUCCUUUCAUGGCUAUUGACCUGAGAGAACGUUUUGCCUUUCCAAUGCCUUUCUGUGAUAGAUUGGGCAAGCUACCAUUAUCACCUAAACAAAAAGCUAUGUUUUCCAAGUGGGUACGCCCAGAAGACCUCAGCAACAAUCCUACAAUGAUUUAUACUGUGUCCAGUUUCAGCAUAAAACAGACAAUAGUAUCAGAUUGUUCCUUUGUCGCAUCACUGGCUAUUAGUGCAGCUUAUGAAAGACGAUUUAAUAAGAAGUUGAUUACCAGCAUAAUUUACCCUCAGAAUAAGGAUGGUGAGCCAGAGUAUAAUCCAUGUGGAAAGUAUAUGGUAAAACUUCACCUCAAUGGUGUCCCAAGAAAGAAUAUUGAUCUUCAUGCACUGACUGGGUGGAUACCAGAAAGGAUUGCUAUGCAUUCAGAUAGCCAGACUUUCAGUAAGGAUAAUUCUUUCCGAAUGCUUUAUCAAAGGUUUCACAAAGGGGAUGUCCUCAUCACUGCAUCAACUGGAAUGAUGACUGAAGCUGAAGGAGAAAAGUGGGGCCUGGUUCCCACACAUGCAUAUGCUGUUUUGGAUAUUAGAGAGUUCAAGGGGCUGCGAUUUAUCCAGUUGAAAAAUCCCUGGAGUCAUUUACGUUGGAAAGGACGAUAUAGUGAAAAUGAUGUAAAAAACUGGACCCCAGAGUUGCAAAAAUAUUUAAACUUUGAUCCUAGAACAGCUCAAAAAAUAGACAAUGGAAUAUUUUGGAUCUCAUGGGAUGAUCUCUGCCAAUAUUAUGAUGUGAUUUAUUUGAGUUGGAAUCCAGGUCUUUUUAAAGAAUCAACAUGUAUUCACAGUACUUGGGAUGCUAAGCAAGGACCUGUGAAAGAUGCCUAUAGCCUGGCCAACAAUCCCCAGUACAAGUUGGAGGUGCAGUGUCCACAAGGGGGCGCUGCAGUUUGGGUUUUGCUUAGUAGACACAUAACAGACAAGGAUGAUUUUGCAAAUAAUCGAGAAUUUAUCACAAUGGUUGUAUACAAGACUGAUGGAAAAAAGGUAUAUUAUCCAGCUGACCCGCCCCCAUACAUUGAUGGGAUUCGAAUUAACAGCCCUCAUUAUUUGACUAAGAUAAAGCUGACCACACCUGGGACCCAUACCUUUACAUUAGUGGUUUCUCAGUAUGAAAAACAGAAUACAAUCCAUUACACAGUCCGGGUAUAUUCAGCAUGCAGCUUUACUUUUUCAAAGAUUCCUUCACCGUACACCUUAUCAAAGCAGAUUCAUGGAAAGUGGAGUGAUCAGAGUGCUGGAGGAUGUGCAAAUUUCCAAGAGACUCAUAAAAAUAAUCCCAUUUACCAAUUCCAUAUAGAAAAGACUGGGCCAUUACUAAUUGAACUAAGAGGACCAAGGCAGUAUAGUGUUGGAUUUGAAGUUGUAACAGUAUCUGUGGUGGGAGACUCUGGUCCCCAUGGCUUUCAGAGGAAAUCUAGUGGUGACUACAGGUGUGGGUUUUGCUACCUGGAACUAGAAAAUAUACCUGCUGGGAUUUACAAUAUCAUUCCCAGUACAUUUUUGCCUAAACAAGACGGACCUUUUUUCUUGGACUUUAAUAGUAUUAUUCCCAUCAAGACAACACAGCUUCAGUGAUGGGGAAAUGGCUGCACUUACUGGAUUUUAUACUUACCAAACAAUCAACUCUUCAAAUGAAGACACAAAUCUGCAGGACACUAAACAGUAAGAACAGAAUUAAUUCUCUAAAAAUGGAAUCCGGUGCUCAAGUCGGAGUGCUUAGUGAGAAUUGUGUAUAGACAGAAUUGCCAUAAAUUACUUAAGAAGUACCACUUACAUGGUUUUGUGUGUCUGUGAAUUGGCUUGCAUUUAAAAGGGGCCACAGUGUAUUUAAAAAGUGCAGCUGAUUAAAGUUUAUACUCAAUCACACUGUGAUAUGAUUUUGCUAAGAGGGAAUUGAGACCAGAUGAGAGGGACAUAGACUCAUUGAAUGGAAUGGUAGGCUGGUAUAAUCUGAACUAUUUAUAUUGUCUUUCUGGCAGAGCAUGUUGUAAGGUAAAACCUGCUUGUAUUGUGACUCUACUGUGCAUCUUGGGCAACUAAUUACCAAAUGAAUUAUAGUCACCAUUACAGAUUUUAAUUCUGCAUCACUUAUGACUUUAAAUGUUUGUUGCCCAGAUGUUAUGAAAGAAUAAAGCUUUAAGAAAUACUAAUUAGCUUAGCAUGAAGAUGCUCAUGCUUACGAGUGAAGGUUGUUAAAGUUAGUACCUGUCUCCCAUUGAAUCAUGUAAAGAGAACUGAAGUAUAUAUAUUCACUGUUGCAGUCAUUUUUUAUCAGGUUAACAAAAGUAGUAGUCUGAGACAUUGAAGACAUCACUGUUUAGUUGGUACUUUUUAAUUGCUCUCUAGUUGAGUGCUUUUAAUGGUAACAGCACUGUGGAGAAAAUACAAUUGAGAAUUUAAUAUAUUUUAAUUGGGAUUGCAUUCAGAGAAAUUGCCAAGAUACUAAUGUCUUGUGUGUAAAUUCCCAGUUGUUUACAUAAAAAUCCAUCAGAGCAGAAUGAUGCUCAAGAUUUUAAAAAUCUGAAAAUAAGGUGGUAUUUUACAUCAUCUCUUACAAUUAUCAAACUUAUUUUGUAUUUGAUACGUUUAAUUGAAAUAAAAUGUUUAUACUUAUGGAAACUGUAGUUUAACCUAGAGAAAUUGAUUAUUAAAGGACUUCAUCAAGUAUGUUCCAUGUAAAAGAUUAAAGAACUCAUUAUUUGCUUGAAAA